GCUGGAAUGAGGUGAACGAAAUUGCCCAUCAACCGUCUCCGCGUUAUUUGCUUGUAAUUGUAGUACACGCAGUAUGAACUUCACCCACGCGUGGAACAGUUUGAUUGGUUUUGAGGACUUGUCAGGGUUUGAUUGGUUUAAAGAAUGGUGAAAUCAUCAGUCACAUGACCGAGUCUGAUCUAUGUGCUUUUUAGCUAAACUUGUUAUGAAGGAUGAAACGAAAGCUGAGGCAUCUGUGUGUUCAUUUGAAAAUAUGACUGGACUCUUACCUAGCACUCUCGUAAAAUAUGCUUCAUUAAUGCAUUUUGUCAUUGUUGGAAGAGAUCUUCUACUUCCAAAUUCUGUGUCCGCGGCUUUUAUAUCGAAGUACGAAGAUGACGAUGUAACGAAGCUUGUAAAAAAGAUGUUAGAUGAUUACAGAGCUAAAGUGGAAGUCAUACCCGUGGAAAAGAAUAGCAAACCAAUCAUUGUUGAAUUUGAUCUCGCAUAUAGUCAACUUAUUGAUUUGGAUGGUAAAAACCAAAUCCUCACGAGUAACGUCUGGGUUAGACAGGCAUGGGUGAACAAGAAGGUGAUGUGGGAUCCAACGAAAUAUGGUGGAGUUGAAAACAUUAAACUAAGUCCACAGUAUUUUUGGAAACCUGAUAUUGUCCUGUACAAUACGAUCGAAGGAGGUGGCGAAAUGUACAACUUCAACACGAAGGUUGUAUUCCAACACAAUGGUAGUGUACAAUGGAACGCACCUGCUCAAAUAAAAACUACUUGUACCUUUGAUAUAACGUUUUUCCCUUUCGACGAGCAGAAAUGCAAUAUUACAUUUGGUUCAUGGUCUUACACAAAGAACGCUUUGGACAUGCGGCUAAAAGGAGAAGAAGUUGACUUGGCCAGUUACACGGAAAGUGCGGAGUGGAAACUAGUCUCAGUAAACGUGACACGUGAAGAAGUCAAGUUCAAUUGCUGUAAACACAAGUUUGUAAUUGUUACUUACACGGUUCAUGUUCAACGUCGUGUGUUAUUCUAUUUUAAUAACAUCAUCAUACCCUGCAUAAUCCUGAAUAUGCUGACUCUUAUGGCGUUCCUUCUCCCGCACGAUUCUGGAGAGAGGAUUUCGCUCGUGAUCACCAUACUGCUGGGUUUAACCGUUUAUAUGCUGAUAUUCACUGAGAGCAUUCCUAACAGUUCCGUGGUGCUACCAAUCAUUGGGAAAUUCUCUAUGGCGUGUUUCAUCGAGAUAUCGGCCUGCCUUCUCAUCACGACCUUCACAUCGCGCUGCUAUUUUCACGGAACCGACCGUGAAAUGCCAAAGUGGUUGCGUUUUCUCGUAUUCAGUAUCAUGGCUCCUACGUUUUUUAUUAGAAUCCCCAAAAGAGUAGAAGAUUUGAUUGUUACGGAAAAUGAACAGCGGGAAACUGAGCAAGCGAAAACAUCCGCUAUUGUCACCUGUAGCAAUGGUCACCAUUUUCAAAACGGUCAUGUGAUUCCCACCAGACGCUCCUCAACAGGUUUUCUCCAUUCUCGCUCAAUGCCUCAUUUAAAAUCGGAUAAAGUUCAAAUCUCUUCAGGUGUUUCAACUGAAUCUCAUUCAUUGAGUAAUUGUGCCGAUCAAGUUCAGAGGAUCGCUGACAUUUUAGAAAGAUUCGAUGAAGAAGCACGCGAAAAACAAAUGGAAACAGUAAUGAAGGAACAAUGGCAUUUUACAGCUGUCGUUUUAGAUCGCUUUUUCUUUAUCUUAUUUGGAGUGACAAUUCUUAUAUGUAUUGUUUGCUUUUAUCUUCAAAUCCCCGCAAAAGACCGGGCUGCUAAAGGAUGAUAAACUACACGGAGAGUCGAUCUCCUUUCUGGGGCAUGUGUGGUGAAUUUUACCAAUUUUUGAAGUAUUAUGCCUUUCACUGUUCUGUCUUAUACCUAGCUAAUGUCUGACUGGCAAGCAUUGAUUAAUGACGUCAUAUAAUGACCUGUUGAGCCAAAUCGUCAGUAAUUGAUCUGAAUUUGAAGACUUUCGCAUGACGUAAAUGUCAUAUUAUUGUGCUUGUCAACUUUUAGAAUUGGACUUUUGUCAGUUAUAUUCUCGUUUAUUUCGACUAACAACAUUUGAGCAACAAUUUUAUGUAAUGCUAUUCUAGCAUUAGCAAGUGAAUGAAACAACACAUGGAAAGAGA